AUGCAGGAGAAGGAGGACUUCGAGAGUAGUCACAGAAGGGCUACCAGCACCUUCUCUUUCGAACCGCUUGACCCAGACGAGUAUCCCUUGUCGCGACCUGUCUCCCAAUCGCAGCGAACAUCGAGAUACACAUCUCGUACUGUAACUCGCGCACCGACGCCUCCACUACCAUCAAAAGAUGAAGACAACACCGCGCCAACUCAAGAACAGCCAGCUACGCAAUAUCCCCCGCCAGCAAAAUUGGCACUCAUUCUCAUAUCGCUGUACAUCGCCAUAUUCCUCGUAGCACUCGACCGCACGAUCAUGGGUCCAGCCAUACCCGCCAUCACGAACAAGUUCCACAGCAUCGACGACAUAGGCUGGUAUGGUUCUGCCUACAUGCUCACGUCCUGCGGCUUCAUUCUUCUCUACGGCCGAGUAUAUACGUUCUUCCCAACCAAGCACGUCUUCCUUUCCUCGAUCUUCCUUUUCGAGGCUGGGAGCGCAGUCUGCGGCGCGGCCACUAGUUCACUGAUGCUGAUCAUCGGCCGGGCGAUUGCAGGGUUCGGAAGCAGUGGCAUAUUCACGGGAGCUAUUUUGAUCAUCCUUGAGAUUGUGCCGCUGCAUAGAAGACCGUUGUUACAGGGUUUGUUCGGUGCCUGCUUUGGCGUUGCAUCUGUUGCAGGUCCAUUACUCGGAGGUGCAUUCACGGGAUCCAAAGCGACAUGGCGGUGGUGUUUCUUCAUGAACUUACCGCUCGGUGCCAUCACGAUAGCAUCCGUUGUAUUCCUCUUAAAUAUCGAAGAUAAGAGCAAAGAGAAAAGAAGCGGUACCUGGGCCGAUCUUUUCAAGAAGCUAGACCCCCUGGGCACGAUUCUCUUCCUACCCAGCAUAACAAGUCUCCUCCUCGCGCUCGAAUGGGGAGCCACCGAAUACGCCUGGAGCGACCCUACCAUCAUCGCCCUCCUCACCGUAUUCGCCGUCCUAUUUGUUGCUUUCGUCGCCUGGCAAGCCUACACUCGCAAUACCACGGCUACAGUCCCCGCCCGCGUGCUCUUCCAACGAAGUGUCGCCUGCGGCGGACUCUCUCAAUUCGCCGUCGGCGCAACCAUGCUCACAGUAUCAAUGUACAUUCCCUUAUGGUUCCAAGCCAUCCAGUCCCUCUCCGCCAUGGCAUCCGGAAUCCGAACGAUCCCGCUCGUCCUCUCCGUCGUCGUUGGAUCCAUCCUCUCGGGCGCUCUCGUCCAACGAAUCGGCUACUACACGCCGUUCAUGAUCAUCGGCAGCGUUCUCAUGAGUGUGGGCGUAGGUCUCCUCACGACAUGGAACAUCCCCAUCCCCGCACGCAUUUGGAUCUCAUACCAAGUCAUACUGGGCCUCGGCGUUGGCUUCACAAUGCAGCACCCCAACCUCGCGAUUCAGAUCGUCCUGCCCAAGCCUGACAUUCCCACCGGCACGGCACUUCUCUCUCUCGCACAGACGCUAGGAGGUGCAGUCUUUGUGGCUGUGGGGCAAAACACGUUCAUUGAUAAGUUUGUGGCGAGGCUGGAGGGGAUUCCUGGCGUUGAUGCUAGGGCGGCUGUCAAGGGGGGCGCGACGGCGGUUUUGGAUGGUGUCCCUAGGAGUGCGAGGGAGAUGGUUGUCGAUGCGUAUAACUAUGCGCUGACUAAUGGACCAUUCUUUGCGUGUUUGAUUGUGGCGUGCCUAGCGCUACCUGCGGCAUUGGGAAUGGAGUGGAGGAGUGUCAAGGAGGGAAUGCAGAAACCUGCUGUGCAACAGAGAUCGGACGAAGAAGCGAAUGAUGGCGUAGCUCUGACGAAGGAACGUCUAGACACUGGACAAGAGGAAGAGUUGGAGGCAGAGCUACCGAAUGGUGGGAGAGUAUUCUUGGGUCCUUGUCAAGAGGAUGAAUCCAGAUCUGAGAGAAGAACUUGAGAGGACUUCAAGAUGAUACAUCACGAGGCAUACUUAAAGCGACGAUCAUUACUAGGAUUCAGUAUCUUCACGCAUUUGGCGUUGUUGGGGUCUGAUAUUUGCAUAGC